GCCGGGGAUCCCCAUCAUCCGUCCGCCCGGUUGAGUCUCCCUCACGCCACCAAUUCCACACUCCACACCACACUCGUCUCCUCCCCUAUAAAUCCAAGCCCCGUCGUCUCCCUCCUCCCUCCCCCUCCUCUCCCUCCGCCCGGCCUUCUACUCCAAUGGAAUCUCGCGUCCUCGAUUAGCCCGCCCCGCUCCAGUCCGCCGACUCGAGCUCAACCCAAAGAUCGCGCCUUUAUUUCUGCGCGUGCGCGCGCGGCGGCGGCGGCGGUAGGUGUCGCCGUCAGGGAUCAGCGGGGGGGAAAGAAAUUAGUUCUUGGGUUGACCAUUCAGGGUGGGUUAUUAGGAUGGAGGCGGCGAAGGAGCCUGCUGUGGCGAAGCCGCGGCUGCCGCCGGGGUUCCGGUUCCGGCCGACGGACGAGGAGUUGGUGGUACACUACCUCCGGCGGCGCGCGCUGGCGGCCCCGCUCCCCGCCGCCGUGGACAUCCCCGACGUGCGCAUCCUGGCGCACGACCCCUCGGACCUGCUGCCCCCAGGGUGGAGCGAGCAGGAGCGCUACUUCUUCACGUGCAAGGAGGCCAAGUACGUCAAGGGGCGGCGCGCGAACCGCGCCACGGGGGCCGGGUACUGGAAGGCCACGGGCAAGGAGAAGCCCGUGGCGGUGGCGGUGGCGGUGCCGGUGCCGGCGAGGGGCCAGGCGGCGCAGGCCGUGCUGGUGGGCAUGAAGCGGUCGCUGGUGUUCUACCGCGGGAAGCCGCCGACGGGGAGCAAGACGGACUGGGUGAUGCACGAGUACCGCCUCGCGGGCGCCGGGCUGGCGCCGUGCCGCCGCGCCGGCGCGGGGGCGGCGGCGCGGCCGGCCGAGGGCUGGGUGCUCUGCCGCGUGUUCCGGAAGAAGGGGUCCGCGUCCGCCAACGCCGCGGCGGCCGACCCGGGGAGCGACGGCGAGGCGGAGGAGGCCGAGGAGGAGCAGCAGGAGGAGGAGGUGGGCGCCGCGGGGGGCGCGCGGGCGUUCAUCGACUUCUUCGCGCGCGCGGACGCGGUCGCGGCGGGGCGGCGCGAGCAGCAGCAGCAGGGGCAGCAGCAGCGGCGCGCGUCGUCGCCGGUGGUGUCGUCGAGCUGCCUGACGGACGCGUCGCACGAGCAGCACGGGCGGGAGCAGGAGACCACCAGCCGCGGCGCGUGAGGGAGGCCAAGCUAGCUAGCUGCCAUGGUCCGUGGAGGGAGCGAGCGAGGCCAGGCAGGGCCGAGGCGAGCGGAGAGAGAGAGGAGGGAAGCUUUGUACUGUGCAGCCGCAGAGAGCGUAAUGGUGUUCGUUCACUGUCGAGACCAGUGAGUAGGAGUAAGAUUAGGAGAGCAAAUGGCUGGCAGGCUCCUCGGAGCCGGUCAGCGAGUCCUGUCGAGUCUUAGCGUAGAUGCAGCUGCUGCUGGAACAACUAAUGUACCACCACCACCACCUGAUGAAUCAUCCCAACCCUCCUCAUCAUCAUCAUCAUCAGUGUAGUAGUGCUCCGAAUCUCAAUCCGACAUCGAUUCGGUCAGCAGGAAUGCCUGCUUCCCUCAA